AUGGAUCUGGAUGUAAUCACAACUGAUCCUGAACAAGUAUUAUCAGAUUCUGACCGUUUCGCUCAAUCAGAUUGUUCAGAACAUGAUCCAUGUUAUAUACCAGAAUCAGAAACUUCACAUUACAGUGAUAGUGAACCUGAAAUAGUACAAAGAGAACAAGAGAAUUUAAGAAAUAGUAGCCAAGAUCUUCAAGAGGUUGAAAACAAUGCCAUACUUGAAUCAAAAGCAAAUAGAAGAGAACACCCACAACAUGAUAGGCUCCAUAAGAUAAGGCCUAUAAUUAGCCAUCUAAAUGAGAAAUUUGCUUUAGUUCCUAUGGAACAAAAACUCUCAAUUGAUGAACAGAUGUGUGCCACAAAAGUGGCACACUUCAUGAAGCAGUAUUUACCUAAUAAGCCCCAUAAGUGGGGGUUUAAAUUAUAUGUGAUGUGCAUCGUGAAAGGUUAUGCUCAUAAAUUUGAAAUAUAUACUGGCCAAGAGAAUGAACGGCUUCCAGAUGAACCAGAUUUUGGGCCAGUGGGAAAUGUUGUAGUCCGGCUUGCUAGAGGUGUCCCAAGGCAUAUAAAUCAUAUAAUUUAUUUUGAUAAUUUUUACACCUCUGUACCUUUAGUUACCUAUCUUGCCAAACAAGGAAUUUAUAGCCUAGGUACUGUGCAAUCUAACAGGCUAGUGAACUGCAAACUGCCGGACAAAAAAACAAUGAUGAAGAAACCUGUUCCUCGUGGAACUCAUGAAGAGCAGAUGACUGAAUUUGACGGUAUUGAUUUGACAGCAGUUACUUGGAAGGACAAUAAAGUUGUAAUUUUUCUAUCUUCAUAUGUUGGAGCAGACCUGUGGGCCAAGUAGAAAGAUUUGAUAAGGCAAAUAAGACUAGAAUUUAAAAUUUCAUGCCCACAUAUAAUAAAGGAAUAUAAUGCUCAUAUGGGCGGAGUAGACCUAGUGGAUAGCUUUAUUGGGAGGUACCGAAUUGCAAUGAGAAGCCGAAAGUGGUAUCUUGGUAUCUUUUACCACUUAUUGGACAUGACGGUAAUAAAUUCUUGGCUUGUGUAUAAAAAUUUAAAAACAACUUGAAGCCAAUUCAUCAGUUCUAAACCUAUGUAACUAUAGACUGGAACUGGCUAAGGUAUUAGCCAAAGUAAAUAACUCAUUUGAACUCUGCAACAAAAGAGGAAGGCCGAAGUGUUGAAAUGGAAAUACAAGCAAAAAAAAAGGAGAGGACCAGCUCAACAUAUUCCUCCUAAGGACAUAAGGACUGAUAAUGUUGGUCACUACUGGCCUGGUAAUUGUGUUCGCAGCAGAUGCAAAAUGCCUGGAUGCAAGGGAUACACGCAAAACAGGUGUAAGAAGUGUGGAGUAGCUCUUUGUCUUACCACAACUGUAUCUAUAUAUACACUUGUAUCUUUUUACCUCCCUGUUUAUUAGUAGAUUAUUUUCAAAAUAUCUAAAUGGUGAAAAGAGCCAAAAUAACAAUUAACAGAAAAACUAGUUUAAUUACAAAAACGAUUAAUGUACUGAAAAUACAAGAAUCAUGUUUAGCAAAAUCUAUGCCAUUCUUAUUAAAAUCUAACUUACGGUUUAGAUGAUAUGGACUAAUUAUUAUUUUUUGUUUAACCUCGCCACUUAAUUGCUCAUUAUUUUGGAACUUUUUAUGUGUGGGUUGACUCUCUUCACUACCAAAGCGACGAUAUUAUAAAUGUCAGAAAAUACAAUCUCAAAAAAUACAAUAAAAAACUGGAGAAGUGUGCCGAAGUGAGAGUUGCUGGCCUUGAUGACCCUUCACAUCAAAUGACAUUAAAUUGGCGAUAGCGGAGAUGGGGGGCUAACCGGAAGCAAAUAACGGUGAGUGAGGCCUUACACAACUAGUUUGUUUGGGUCCGGUGUCCAAUCCUUGCAGCCAAGCAAAUUACAGAGGGCCGACUGCUCAUAGGCUGGCCGCAUCAUCAGCAAUAUCAGGUGUUACCGGUGCCUUCAGCUUGCAGCGCAUAAUGACGAACCGCGAUGUAUUAGAAGAAUUCAUACAAAUAUAUCAAAAUGAAACCUGUUUAUGGAACGUCAAAAAUAAAGAUUACCAUAAUAGAGAUAAGCGGAAUGCUGAAUGUAAACAAAUAGAAAAACUUAAAGAAAUCGAACCGAAUGCAGAUCGUGACCUGGUGACGAAAAAAAAUUAGACAAAAAGGAGGAACAUAAAGUUGCGGAGUCUUUGAAGUCGGGGGCAGGCGUUGAUGAAAUAUAUAAGCCAAAGUUAUGGACUAUGAUCAGCUAUCUUUUCUUAAAGAUCAGUGCAUUUUUUUUUUUUUUUAUAGAACAGGGGGCAAACGGGCAGGAGGCUGACCUGAUGUUAUGUGAUACCGCCGCCCAUGGACACCCUCAACGCCAGAGGGCUCGCGAGUGCGUUGCCGGCCUUUUAAGAAUUGGUACGCUAAACAUUCCAAGAAGUUCACGUUCGAGCAUGUCUGAUCAUGUUGAAUGUGAGGUAUAGGAGGUGAGGAGGAGGAGAUAAUACACCUCCAUCCGAAAUCCUGCCAUUGGUAUCAAAAUCGCACAGCAAGAAUUGAUAAUUCGCAUCCACUAUUGCCAUAAGAACCAUGCUAUGUUUUCCUUUGUAAUUAAAAUAAUAUGAUUCACUAUUUUCUGGACUAAUAUCUACGUGCUUCCCAUCAAUCGCUCCAAUUCAAUGAGGGAAAUUCCAUCUUUCUUUAAACUGUUUGGAUAUAAAUUUCCAUUCCUGUUCAGUUCGUGG